AUUAACUUGUGUAAGUUGGUUGAAACUCGUUACCGGCUAAACAGUUAAUUUGUAUAUUUCAACGUUGAACAAAAACUUAAUUGAAAAUGGGCAAACUUGUUUUGUACGGUAUAGAUCCCAGCCCACCAGUGCGCAGCGUACUAUUGACAUUGAAUGCGUUGGAUUUACCAUACGAAUAUAAAGUUGUCGAUUUAUUUGCCAAAGGUAAUAGAUCGGAUGAAUAUCUGAAAAUUAAUCCAGCCGGUACGGUGCCAGCAUUAGUGGAUGACGGUCAUGCCAUUUCGGAUUCACAUGCUAUCAAUGCUUACUUGGCUAACAAAUAUGGCAAAGACGACUCCCUCUACCCAAAAGAUUUGCUGAAGCGUGCAGUUGUCGAUCACCGUUUGUACUUUGACACGGGUGUAGCCUUUGAACGCGCCCUACGUGGUACCACAAAACCGAUUCUUUUCAACAAUGAAACGAAUGUGCCGCAACAAAAAAUCGAUGAAAUCGCUGAAGUGUAUGCUACAGUAAACAAGUUCCUGCAGGAUCAUCCCUAUGUUGCCGGCGACAACCUCACCAUUGCCGAUUUAUCGCUGAUCUCAUCGAUCUCCUCAUUGCAGGUAUAUUUAGAGAGUGAUGCCGUUAAGUAUCCAAAUUUGGUGGCAUGGAUCAAACGCUUGGAGCAGUUACCCUACUAUGAGAAGGCGAACGGCAAAGGGCUUCAACAAUUUAAAGAUUUGCUUAAGUCGAAGAAUAUAAAAAUCGUAUCUUAAAGCAAAAAGAUAUUAAAAUUAAUUUGUAAAAUUUGUUUUUGAUAUUAAACUCAUAUAAAAUGAUGUAUAAUGUGAAAAGGCACGACUGAAAAUAUACACGUAAUUAUUGGACAUACAUAUAAAUGUUAGUAUGUACAUAUAUUGUAUAAAUAAAUAUGUAAUAGAAAACUGAAAACGUA